CUUUACACUUGUUAAGGCUUCAAGGCUAGGUCUUGAUAUAUUGGAACUUUCUGGUUUUAUAUUCAGGAUUUUUAAUGUUACUGAAUGCUUGAAUUACUUGAAGAGUGGAGGAAAAUACCUCCUAAACUGUAUUACGGUUUCUGAUGUUUAAAUAUAAUUAAUGGUCUUUGAGCUCUUUCAAUGUAAUUUUCAUAAUGCUGUAGUCUGUGCAGAUAACAUUAAAUCAGCAUACCAGAAAUGCAAUUCUUUUUCCUCCCUUAUACCUUCAGGCUUCAUAUGCAUGAAUUCAUCCUUUGGUUUCCAAUAUUCUUGCAGUUUUCAGGAUCCUACAGGUUGUUUUGUAGAACUCGUGGUGUUUUGGGUCGUUUAUGAUAAUGCUCUGAUAAUUCUCAUGCAUCUCCUACAGUGGAACAGCUGUAAUUUUAUAUACUUUUGCUUUGUGUGUUUUCUACUCCUUCCAUAGGAAAAAUGAAAUCCCCAAAAUCACUGGGGCACGUGGCAUGGGGAAAAGGAGGAAAGGUGCUAUCCCUUGGCAAAUGUGACCAAAUCAUCAUAUCAUCAAAGGCAAUCAUUUGUGGCCGGAAUGAUUGUCUUUCAAGGGCAGAGUCUUGGUGGUGGCUCCAGAAGUGAUUGUGAAGGCCUAUUCUGGAUCCACAUUUUCUUUCACAAUGAGAACAUAGAUUUCCAGGUGGAAGGCGAUCAUGACAAGGGUUUGCUUGAGGUGCCUUUCUCUUGCUCUUGCUUUUGCCCUGUAUUUGUACCAAUUCAAAGUACAUAGCACCAUUGGUAACAGCUGACUUCCACUUAGAACGCUCAAGGGCCAGGGAUUCCCAGUUCUUGGUGUUUAUGUUACAUUUUAAAAGUUAGCUUUAAGACUGUCUUUAAAUCUCUUUUGUUGUCCACUGACAUUCCGUUUUCCAUUCUUAAGUUGUGAGUAAAGUAACUGCUUUAGGAAAUGGUGAUCAGACAUUCAGACAAUGUGACCAGUCCAGCAAAGCUGAUGUUGGGGAAUCUCCACUUCAGUGCUUCUUCCAGAAUGCUGAUGUUUGUCCGUUUGUCUUCCCAAGAGAUUUGCAGGAUUUUUCAGAGGCAACGCUGAUAAAAUCAUUCCAGAAGUUGAGAGUGAUGUUUGUAGAUGGUCCAUGUUUCACAGGCAUGCAGUAGAGUUAGGAGGACAAUAGCUUUGUAAACAAGCAUUUGGGUUCCCUAUGAAUGUUCUGAUUGUCAAACUCUCUGCUUCAUUCGAAGAAAUGCUGCACUCGUAGAGCUCAGGUGGUGUGGUAUUUUGGUAUCAAUGUUGACUUUUGUGGAUAGGUGGUUGUCUAGGUAGCAGAAACGGUCAAUAUUUUCUAGCAUUAUACUAUUAAGCUGUUUUGCUGGCGUUGCAGAGAAAUUGGUGUGUACCUACUGGUAGAGCACUUUGUGUUUUUUUAUAUUAAAGUGAGAGGCCAAGCUUUUCAUAUGGUUCAGCAAAGGUAUCUAAAAUGUUUUAUAGGUCUUCCUCUGAAUGAGCACAGACUAUGUUGUCAUCGGCAUACGGGAGUUCUAUAACAGAAGCUAUUACUUUAUUUUUGGCUUUCAGUCUGCUUGCCAUAUGUCUGAUAUGUGAUUUCCAAACCAUUGGGAAGCUUCCUGUCAACAAGGUAUAGAGAUCAAAUAUUGUUCCGUUUGAAGGCCACAGGCUUAGUCAUUUUCUCCUCUGUCAGUUUUAUAGCUGCCUUCUAGUCUUCUUAAAAUUUGGAUCUCAUUUUUUUAACACAAAGGCUUUAAUAUUAUCUUCAUUAAGCACAUCUUCGACACAUUUUGUCCUUUAGGUUGUUUUGGAAUUUUAGACCUCAUUUUACUGUUCAAAGAUAUUGAACCAAUCUGCUGAAUGUCAAAGCGUUAUUUAUAAGGAAACUAUCUGAAGAUUUCAUUGCUGAUGUACCAUGAGAGCUAACCAAACCGAACUAACUUCUUUCUUUAGAUAUUGAUGCCAUGUGUUUCUUGUUACAAAAAGGAGUUGGUGCGUUGCUUCUUAAGGGGAAAAAGAUCCUCUAACUCUUAAGUCCUGUAUAAACACUUUUUAUUGUGGCAAAUGCCAUCUGUCCCUUUCAAAUUUAUGUCUCAGCCCUGUACUUAGGAAUCAAGACACUCCCUUUUUCCCCUGUUGAGAAUGAGUCUCUGAACAGGAACAGCUGCCAGUCCAGUGGACUAGCAAGGGACCCACAUGUCUGCGGCAAAACAGGGACAAGAUGAAAAACACUUGGAGGUAUUUUCAUCAAUAUGCAUGGUUCAUCCUUUGGCUGGGAGUUGUUGCCAUGAUAGGAUUUGUUCAGCAUCAUGUAUUAAAGGCUACCAAGCAGCAACAGCCUGUUUUCAAAGCCUGUCAACCUACUACAAACGUCAUGUUCCUCAAGACACACAAAACGGCUAGCAGCACUAUCCUCAAUAUCCUCUUCCGUUUCUCGGAGAAGCACAACCUCACAGCGGCUCUUCCAAAUGGGAAUGGCUUCCACCUGGGCUACCCUCAGCUCUUCAGGGCAACAUUUGUUGAGGAGUUCAAAAGUAUUGGACGAAACUUCAAUGUCAUGUGCAACCACUUGAGGUUUAAUGCCCAAGAGGUAAGAAGAGUAAUGCCAAAUGACACCUUCUAUUUUUCUAUCCUGAGAGACCCAGCUACCUGGUUGGAAUCUUCCUACGUUUAUUACAAAGAUGUUACACCAGCUUUUAGAAACUCCAAGAAUGUGAAUGAUUUUCUUGCAUCUCCGUGGUCUUACUACAAUCUCACUGAAAAGAACUGGAACAUUUAUGCCAAAAACCAAAUGUGGUUUGACUUGGGCUAUGACAACAAUGCAGUGUAUGAUGAGUACUAUGUGCAGUCGGUAAUACAGGAUGUUGAGCAGAAUUUCCAUUUGAUGCUAAUUGCCGACUACUUUGAUGAGUCCAUGAUCCUUUUGAAGGAUACUUUAUGCUGGGAUUUGGAUGAUGUAGUCUAUUUCAAGCUGAACGCCAGGAGCCAAAGCACUGUUCAGACAAUGAGUCCAGAAAGUAAAGAAAAGACAAAGGAGUGGUGUACUUUGGACUGGGAACUUUACAAGCACUUCAACAACACCUUCUGGAUUAAGAUUCAGGAAAGGAUGGACCUUAAGACUUUGUACAAAGAAGUUGAGCGUCUACAGAAAAGACAGAAGGAGCUGAUGGAAAUGUGCCUUUCAGAGGAAACUGCAGUUGAGGGAAACAAAGUCAAAGACAAGCGCCUAAAGCCUUUCCAGUCAGGGACUGCUAAAAUAUUGGGCUAUAACCUCAAACCAGAUUUGGUCAAUGAAACCCUCACAAGCUGUAAAAAGAUGAUUGUACCUGAGCUUCAGUAUAUGGCAUACAUGUACAGUCGCCAGUUCCCAGACAAAAACAAAAAACCCAUAGAUUUUAAAUAAGAUCUAAUCAUAAGGAUGUGCCAUUCUAUCAAAACAGGUUAGGGAGUAGCUACGUAUUGUUUAUGACAUGCAAGUCUUUGUUUCUGACCAGAUUCAAAAAUCUGGUGUCUCUUUCUCUCUGUGCCAUUCUUUCUAUGUGUAUGUGCCACUGUCACUAUAUGACACCCCGAUCAGAUGUUGCUGACAUUCCCAGAAUAAUUAGUAACCAAAUAAUGAUCCAUAUAAAUGACAAUGAUCUAACAAAGAGGGGGUGACUACAGUGGUCCAGGACCCAGUUUCCUGCACCUGGUGUCCUCCAGGCGCUGUAUAUAGUUGGCAAAAUAUAGUGGGCAACCACUAAGGUUUGGUUCCAAAACAGACACAAACACACCCAUGCGUAUGUGUAUGGAUGCUCAAUUAUAUAAAAUAAUGUGGUAAAAUAAUGUUCCUUAUAUACAGUGGGAAAUUUAUAAUUUGUCUUUUGGACUGAAAAAAAAAAUCCCGCCCCCUCUUUAAAGGUACAUUUCUUUUUUAAUUAAAAAAAAUAACAGAAAAAAGACACAAAUAAAUACAGACAGUUCCCAAGUUACAAACAAGAUUUGUUCUGAAGUUGAAUUUGUUUGUAAGUCAAAAUAGGUUCUAUCUAUCUAUCUAUCUAUCUAUCUAUCUAUCUAUCUAUCUAUCUAUCUAUCUAUCUAUCUAUUUAUCUAUCUAUUUUCGAAUAGCAUAAAGAAGGGUUAACCCCUGUGGUGCUUGUUUUGCUGUCUGUGCCCCUGUUCAGAAGAUUUCAUUUUACUUUCUAUUCCUAUAAUAAUUGGAUUUUGAAAAAUUUGACUUGUGGAAACAAGGAUUGGUGAUAAAUCUCCAGUGGUGACACCUUUUCCCCAUGAUAACUCUUUCAGGAAUGAAUUUCCCUUCCGAGGGGUAGAUUUCUCUCACUUCCUGUUGUCUCACCCCUGUUCUUAACUAUGAGUCAUUUGUAAGUCAGAUGUUUGUAACGUGGAGACUGCCCAAAUGCAACAAUAAUACUUAUGCAUACAUAAACAUAGACAUACCUACAACAACUACAGACGUGCAGGCUUAAAAAAGUGCUCAUGCCUGCCUGCAGCCGAGUGCCUCCUCUAGAGUAAGAAGCAGAACUUGUCUCCUUGCCUUGGAGAGCGUGUGUGUGGCGUGCAGGCCCAAAAAGCACUCACACCUGCCUGCAGACAUGCACCUCCUCUAGAGUAAGAAACAGAACUUGUCUCCUUGCCUUGGAGAGCGUGUGUGUGGCAUGCAGGCCCAAAAAGCACUCACACCUGCCUGCAGACAUGCACCUCCUCUAGAGUAAGAAACAGAACUUGUCACCUUGCCUUGGAGAGCGUGUGUGUGGCGUGCAGGCCCAAAAAGCACUCACACCUGCCUGCAGACAUGUACCUCCUCUAGAGUAAGAAACAAAACUUGUCUCCUUGCCUAGGAGAGUGCUUGUGUGGCGUGCCGGCCCAGAAAGCGCUUGUGCUUGCCUGCAGCAAUGUGUCUCUCCUCUAGAGUAGAGAAACAGGUAAGAAGCCUCUUUAAAUGCAUGCCUGCCUGCAGAUGAGUUCUUUUCCUCUAGAGUAAAACAGUUUCAAUGCCUAAAAUGAUAUGAAGGGGAGCCUGGGAAGUCCCCCCCCCCCCAUGGACCAAUAGAAAAUGAAUCUUUCGGCACCCCAGAGCAAAAACAGAUAUCUGCCCUCCUGAUUUCGGGAGGCACCCAAAAAUGGAUUGGGCCCCCCACUGAAAGCUGGGACAUGAAAUGGGUCAAGGUUUACCCUGAAAGCACAACCCUAAUAACAAAUGGCUUGUUGCAGGCCAGCACCAAGACUGUAGGUGCUGCCACUUUGAGCAGCUCUGCCUUAAGCUUAGCUUAGGUAUUUGCUCAGUAUUUACAGGUGGUAUUAAUAUUUUGAACCUUUGGUUACACAAUUCUGCUGCACUUGCAAUUUGGUGACAUUUUUCCAUGCUGGGAUUUAUUUCUUUUAACAGUCUUUCCUUCAAGGCAGAGUUUUGUGCACCACGACCUUGUCAGAUGGCUGGCGGAGGUGCUCCGCUUUGUCAAGGGGUGUGGGGAACCCAGUGCCUUAUGUCUUGCAUCACUCGGUUCCCACCAAGGAAGAUCAGAUGGGGGAUGUGUGAGCAUGCGGCUUUCCCUCAUGCAUUCCAAUGGCAACAUGGGAGCAUGCACUGGCUCCGCACUCCUUCACCCAUGGAGUCACACUGGUGUCAUCUGAUGAGAGCCAACUGGCUCAGUGGGUGACUAUGGCUAAAUUGCCACAUGACGCCAAAUUUAUCCCCGUGUGAAAUUUCCCUGAAGAAUUGUAAUUCAUGAGAACAUAUAUUUUAGUUUCAGCAUUAAUUGGGGGAAUCUGAAAGAUGAGGUGAACAACUAACAUAAUAACUUAAUUCCAAGUUGUACAUUAGGAGGAGUGAAUGAGGGAGGCGAUAGAUGUGGAGGACAGUAGAAGUGAGAUUUUAGAGGAAAGAGCUUUCUAGCCUGCCCUGUGUUCCCUAAGCUAGUUUGUUCUCAAGUUAGUGUAAGAUACUGCUGAGUUGCCACUAUUAAAAUAAAAUUCAGCUGUCACUCUGUUCAACAACUUUUUGUGGCACAAAAAACUUAUUCAUCACCACAGGCAGCAAAAUGGGUUGUGCCGGCACGGGUUACAGGAUAACCAUUAUGGCUCAGGACCAAAAUGCAAGAUCCCCCGGCAACUAUGUGCUGUUACAGACUGGGAACUCGUUCUGGGAUUUCAUUCCACCUUCUAGACUGGGUCUUUAGUUGCCACGACCCACUUGUCCUCAAUUUGCUGCUGCUUGUUUUGUUUGUUUCUUAAUGGGAACAUUUGGAAUCAGUUCACUGAACCGCAAAUGACUCUGUCAGCAUGGAUCCUAAUCCAGUAGCAUGGCAAUAGCAAAAUGAAUAAAA